AUGAGGAUUGCUGCCCGAGUGCCUACACCCCCGGGGGCCAUCUUCUACACACUCCGAAGCGACGCGACCGGGAUGUUUGACUCCUUUUACCGGCUCCGUUACGACCAGAGGGCCCUGGGCCGCUGCCUGAUUGACCCAAGUAGCUGGACGAUCAUGCAUGAUUUCGGCCAAACGUGCCCUGGGGAGGACCCAAGGUGCAUCUCGCACAGGGGCACGGACUACCUGCUGGACAACACCUGGGGCAGCAGCAGCUUGAUCGUGCCAGCUGACAACUUCAAAGUGUGCAAGCUUCCCUCAAAGGGCAAGAACCUUAGCCUCAUCUCUCACGGUGACGAGCUCCUCUGCAUCGAGUGGCUCCGACCCCUGACCGUUCUGUCAACGAGCGAGUCGCCCUACCCUGAUACUUGGAGGCGGACAAGGGCCCGGAAGGAGAUUCCGGACUACAGCCUGCGCGGUGGCACCCCUGGUUACAAGACCCCGGUCGACGGUGUAUAUGUCGGCUUUGGGCACCGGACGACGGCAGGCCCCAAGGGUGAGGUCAAACACACCCCAUUUGCAUGGCGGCUGGAUGUCAAGAAUUGGCAGAUGAGCUUUGAAGAGCAGGUUGUGCCAAGGGCAACCCUGUCAAACAAGGAGUUUGGAUUCAACCAGCACUUUAAGGACAUGUACACGGUCAAGGAGGAGAUUGAUCGCGGAUCGUUUGGCAGGACGCACAUCGCAGAGGCCAAGUCACAAAAGGGUGGCACUGUGGCCGUAAAGAUCAUCCCAAAGAGCUCCAUGAUCAGUGAGGCCGCAAUUAUGGACGUGCACAGAGAGGUCCAGAUACUGAGCCUGCUGUCAGGCCACGAGGGGAUAGUGGAGUUUAUGGCAGCUUACGAGGACUUGAUGAACGUGUACAUUGUGAUGGAGCUAUGCCAAGGUGGUGAGCUGAUGGAUCACAUCCUCAGCAACCAGGGGCCAUACAAGGAGGCAACCGCAAUCGAGCUGGUGUGGCAGAUCCUCACGGCAGUUGCCUACAUGCAUGAGAAGAAAGUCAUCCACCGCAACAUCAAGCCUGAAAACUUCAUCUUUGCCAACGAGAAGGACAACAUCAUAAAAGCGAUAGACUUUGGGCUCUCCUACCGGUGUGAGGAGAACGAAACUAUCAAAGAAGUGGUGGGCAGCCCAUUCUUUGUCGCACCAGAGGUCCUAAAGCAGGCCUACAAUCUCAAGGCAGACGAGUGGAGCGUGGGGAUCCUGACCUACAUCCUGCUGAUUGGAACACGGCCAUUCUUUGGGAGGACGGACUCGGAGAUCUUCAAGGCCGUGCUGAGGGACGAGCCUGACAUUGACAACGCGGACCUCAGCCUGCCCGCAAAAGACUUUCUGAAACGGCUGCUCAACAGGAACGGCUUUAUGAGGCGAUCGACCUCCAGGGAAGCCUUGGCAAAUGCGGCAGCAUUGGGCAGGUCCGCAAGAAACAUCCAGUCGUUGAUCGAGUUUGAUUCCAACAGCGAAUAG